UUCACUCUCCUUCCCCUCUCUGCUUUCUUCCAUCCGUUGUCAUCUUUUAUCUCUGUUGAUAGAUUUCUUUACUUCUAUUACUAUUCCUAUUUCUUCUUUCCUGGAUUAUACUACAUCCCCAAACUAUCUCGACCUUGUGGUUAUAUCUCCCUUCUUUGUUUGUUUUUGACCCGCGACUCGGAGCUUUUGCGCGUCAGACAAGGAGAUGCCUUAUCGUGUGGAGGCUGCCAAAACCGGCCGCGCCGGCUGCCAAAACAAAGAAUGCAAAGACGCCAAAGUCAAGAUCGCCAAGGGCGAGCUCCGCCUAGGCACCUGGGUUGACAAUGACCGCAUCCAGGCUUGGAUGUGGAGGCACUGGGGAUGCACCACUCCCAAGCUCAUCUCCAAUAUCAAAGAAUCUAUUGGAGAGGGAGAGGACAUGGAUCUGGAUGCCCUCGAUGGCUAUGAUGAGCUGGAGGCUGGUGAGCAGGAGAAGAUCCAGAGGGCGUUUGAGCAGGGCCAUGUUGAUGAUGAGGAUUGGAAGGGGGAUGUCGAAGUGAACCGUCCCGGCUCGACGGGCUUCCGCAAGCGUAUCUCUAAAAAGGCCGCCAAGAAGGACGAAGCCGCAUCAGAGGAUGAGGAAAAACCAGCCCCCAAACCCAAGGCAAGCGGCCGCGGCAAAGCCCAGAAAAAGGACGCAUCGCCCGAACCCUCAGCGGAAGAGAAGCAGCCCACCCCCAAGAAGACCAGCACACCCCGCGGAAGACCCAAGAAAGUGGUCGCGGAACCCGAACCCGAGGCCGAAUCCGAGCCCGAAGAGGAGAAGCCAACCCCCAAGACCAGACCGGCCCGCCGCGGCAAGAAAGCACCCGAGGAAGAGGUCGAAGCUCAACCCGAGCAGAAGAAACCCGCCGCCAAGAGAGGGCGUCCUUCCACCAAAGCCGCUGAGGAGCCUGUGGCUAAUUCCUCUGCGAAGCGCCAGCGCAGGUCUACGGCGGCUGAGGAAGUUACGACUGAGCCUGCUGUUGCGGAGCGGCCGAAGCGCCAGCGUAGGUCUACGGCCGCGGCUGAGGAGGAUGUCGCUGAGCCUGCUGUCGCGGAGAAGCCGAAGCGGGGACGGAAGAAGAAGUCUACUUGAUUUGUACAUUUCUCCCUUAUUUCGUUAAUUUUUAUAUUUAUCUUCUUGUCUGUCGUGGUCGUUCUUUUAUUUCCUAUGUGGCGUGUUUUGUUGUGUUUGAGGGAUGAUCUAUGGCAUAUAUUCAUGGAAGGAAGCUGUCAAUGAAAUGUGAUAUCCUGUCUAUGCAUGCAUGCAGUCUUCAAUCACUGAUAUUCCACAUUUCCUUCUUCCCACCAACCAGUAUCUGCGUUACAUUUCCUACUUGAUUGACUCCCAGAGAUGAUAUUCUCAGAUCCAUGUACUAAUAUCAAUAUACAAAUACAUUGUCUAGG